GAGGCAGCCAAACCCGAACUCUGAACUGAAGCGAAGUCCCCUGCACGCACACGCGCCGGCGUCGCUGCACGCACGUCAUCUCCUACCUUUUCCUUCCCCGCCGGCUCCCUGCCCUCAUGGACUCCGGCGAGUGCUCCAACUCCAACCCGUCCGCGUCUUCCCCGGCCGCCGCAGGCGUCUGGGCGAAGCUAGUGCCCGCGGAUUCUGCCUACCCGGAGGUGGCCGUCGCAGAGGGCGACGCCGUGGUCUGCUCCCUGGUCGCCCCCGCCGCAGGCGGGGAGGAGCUCGCGUGGUGCGAGAUUAGGCGCGGCGGCGACGCCUCGUCGGCGACGAUCCGGAACCUCAGCUCGGAUGCAAUUAUUGUUGAUGGAAGAGUUAUCCAACAAGAAUUAGUUGACAUUAAACCAGGGAGCAAGAUUGUCCCAGGACCCCAGGAAGAAGGUCAUUUAGUGUAUACCUUUGAUAUAACAGCUGCAAAGGACCAUGACAAAAACAAUGUUAAGAUUUUACUCGAUAUUGAGAAUGCAAAAUGCAGCAUAUGCUUGAAUUUGUGGCAUGAUGUUGUUACUGUUGCUCCCUGCUUCCACAACUUCUGCAAUGGCUGCUUCUCAGAGUGGUUGAGAAGGUCUUCGAGCAAGUCGCGCGAUAAAAGCCAGAGUGCUGCCUGUCCACAAUGUAGGACAUCAGUGCAAUCAGUUGGAAGGAAUCACUUCCUUCAUAAUAUUGAAGAGGCUAUACUACAAGCUUUUUCGUCACUACAGCGGUCUGAUGAUGAGAUCGCGUUGUUAGAGUCAUAUGCCUCAGUUAAAUCGAAUCUUCAUCUUAAUACAAGCCAUUCAAGGCUGUGACAUGAUAAAUUGGAC